AUGUUAUUUGAUUCUCAAAAAGUUCAAUUAGGUAGAAUAUCUCUAUCAAUUAGAAAUAUUGCCCGUAGAAAGCACGAAUAUGCUCCAAGAUUCAACUAUCAAAGUAAGAAACAAAAAGGUAGAGUUCCAGUAAGGACAGGUGGAUCUGUCAAAGGCUCCACUUUACAAUUUGGUAAAUAUGGACUUCGAUUAAAAUCCGAAGGUGUGCGUUUGACUGCUAUUCAGUUAAAAGAGGCUGAUAAUGCUAUUAUGAGAUAUGUUAGGCCUCUAAGUAACGGUCGGUUAUGGAGACGCCUCGUGACAGAUAUUGCUGUCUGUAUUAAAGGUAAUGAGACUAGAAUGGGCAAAGGUAAAGGUGCAUUUGAUCAUUGGAUGACAAGGGUUCCUACUGGUAAAAUAAUCUUUGAAAUAGACGGUGACAAUCUUCACGAAAGAGUUGCUAGAGAAGCAUUCCGCAAAGCUGGUACUAAACUACCAGGUGUCUAUGAGUUUGUUACAAGAGAAGCCCCAGUAAGAAUCGGUUUACAUACUUUUAAAGAUUUAGAAACCGUAAAGAGGGAAAAAAUAAUAGUCCCAGGUUCUUUAUCCCAAAGAACUAGAAAGAAAUUAAUAAGUAUUGAAAAAUCAAAAGAACCUGAAUAUCUUCUUUAUAGAGGUCGUUAA